GUCCCAGUCCUUGCAAAAAACAAAACAAGUUUUUGUUACAAAAAAGGUACUAAGUUACAAAGACACAGAGAUUCCUUGGAGUGUAUAUAUUCAUCAACGUAUCCGAACGCUUUCAAUUGAUCAUCGAUUUCUUUCCCAAUUAGCACAGUAUGAAGGCUCCUCGGAGACCGAUCCACGCCAUAUCAACAUGGGUUCGACGGCAACCCCCAAAAGUAAAGGCUUUCCUGGCAGUGGUUGCUGGCAUGGCGGCGUUAGUACUGCUGCGUGCCAUUGUACACGAUCACGACAACCUUUUUGUAGCUGCCGAGGCUGUUCACGCCAUUGGAAUCUCUGUCCUUAUUUAUAAACUCAUGAAAGAAAAAACUUGUGCUGGACUUUCACUCAAAUCCCAGGAGCUCACUGCUCUGUUUUUGGCUGUCAGACUGUAUUGUAGUUUUGUCAUGGAAUAUGAUAUACACACCUUACUUGAUUUAGCUACAUUGGCUACAACCUUGUGGGUUAUUUAUAUGAUCCGAUUUAAUCUUAAAUCAAGUUACAUGGAGGACAAAGACAAUUGUGCAAUUUAUUAUGUGGUGAUCCCUUGUACUGCCUUAGCCUUACUAAUUCAUCCAUCAACAUCACAUCACUUCAUCAAUAGAAUCUUCUGGGCUUUCUGUGUUUAUUUGGAGGCAGUUUCUGUGCUUCCUCAACUUCGUGUCAUGCAGAACACUAAGAUAGUUGAACCUUUCACAGCUCAUUAUGUAUUUGCGUUGGGUGUUGCGAGGUUCUUAAGCUGCGCUCAUUGGGUUCUCCAGGUUUUGGACAGUCGUGGCCAUCUGCUAGUAGCAUUGGGUCAUGGUCUAUGGCCUUCAAUGGUUCUUAUAUCUGAAAUUGUUCAGACAUUCAUCUUAGCAGACUUCUGUUACUACUAUGUUAAAAGUGUUUUCGGAGGACAGCUGGUUUUGCGCCUUCCUUCUGGGGUCGUGUAACUGAAGUUUGUGCUAAUUGAUGGACGAAUUUCGCGUACCCUGCUUGCCUUGCGUUUGCUUAACAUUUUUGUAUCUACGCGAGUUCAACAAAUGGUCUGGGUUCUCCAGGAGUAAGAUCAAAGAGUGGAUGUUCUUGUAAAGCUAGCACUAUCUAAAUGGGAUGUUCUUGUAAAGCUAGCACUAUCUAAAUGAAGUAUUUGAUUUUGUGGCAAUCAUAGUUUUAACUUUUUUCUUUAUGAGCUCUAA